AUGGCCGUACAGAAUAGCGCAGGUUUACAGAACAAAAGUCUUGCCAGCAAGGACUUGGCAAAUAGCGUUAUUACUUUGGAGUCGAAAAGGGAAAAAGCCCAGUGGAGCAGUCAAAUAGAGUUUUUCCUCUCUUGCAUUGGAUAUGCCGUUGGAUUGGGCAACCUCUGGAGGUUUCCGUACCUCUGUAUGGAACAAGGCGGUGGUAAGCUGAAUUUGCCCAUUCUAAAUAGACAUUAA